GAUGGCCACAAUUUGGCGCCAAGCUCAGUUCAAAGUCCCUGUGUGGCUAGCAAGCUCCGAGGUUUUUGGUGCCGCCGUCAUGGUUCGUACUCUCAACUGCAUCGCCGCUGUGUCCCAGAACAUGGGCAUCGGCAAGAACGGAGACCUGCCUUGGCCCCCGCUCAGGAAUGAAUUCAAGUAUUUCCAAAGAAUGACCACAACCUCUUCAGCAAAAGAUAAACAGAAUUUGGUGAUUAUGGGUAGGAAGACCUGGUUCUCCAUUCCCAAGAAGAAUCGGCCUUUAAAGGACAGGAUUAAUUUAGUUCUCAGUAAAGAACUCAAGGAACCUCCAAAAGGAGCUCAUUUUCUUGCCAAAAGUCUGGAUGAUGCCUUAAAACUUAUUGAGGAACCAGAAUUAAAAAAUAAAGUGGAUAUGGUUUGGAUAGUAGGAGGCAGUUCCGUUUAUAAGGAAGCCAUGAGCAAGCCCGGCCCUCAGCGACUCUUUGUGACAAGGAUCAUGCAGGAAUUUGAAAGUGAUACAUUUUUCCCAGAAAUUGAUUUGGAGAAAUAUAAACUUCUCCCAAAGUACCCAGGUGUUCUUUCUGAUGUCCAGGAGGAAAAAGGCAUUAAGUACAAAUUUGAAGUAUAUGAAAAGAAUGAGUAAUGUGAAGGUGUUGUCUGAUUCAUUUCAAGUUGUUCCCCAUCCCCUCCAAACAAUUAUGUAUUUAACAUUAGAGAAAGAUAUUUCUGUUACUUAGAUCUGUGGAUAAUUAUUUCUAAGCAAUGUAUUUCUAUUAAUUAGUUUUAAUCUCAACCACAACAUUUGUGAAACAUCUGUUGUUGUAACUGUCUGAAUCCUCAAGAAAUUCUGAGGAUUAGGUCCCUAGCACCUGCCUAGGGUAAUAUAUGCCAAGAAACCACAAUGGGAGAAUCCCCUGGUAGCAUUAGUUACCUAUAAAGAAAGGAGCUGGCCAAAUUUGUCCAAAUGUCAGAAAUGGAUUGUAAACAGAAGAAUUAGAACUUAGAUAUUAAAAGAGAAGUAGAUCAAUCAAAACAGGGACCAGAAUUACUCUAUGCGUAUCACACUUCUGAAAAAAGUUCUCUUCACUCAGAGAAUCACUAAGUUGAGAACUACAGUAUAUUCCAUAGGGAUAGUAAGAAGCAGGUAGGAGACUACUUUUUUGAUAAUUAAAAGAAAAGGCCUGAGACCUUUAAAAACUCUGUUUGUAAUCUUGGGUGAGAUGCCAUGGGAUGUUACAAUGAUUAAAUAAGAAUAAGCUGCUCUUCACACACAAAAGGUAAUCUAAUAACAAGCAUAUGGCUAAAAUUAAAAGUUAAAAGAAACCAAAAUUAGUAAGUUAGAAAAUAAACUUCACAUAAUUAAAACAUGUUUUAUCCCUCAUGUUAAUAUUUGGAUUUUUAGGUAUCCAAAGAAAUAGCAUUUUUUGCCUUAUAAAUUGGCUCAAAUUUUUUUAGGGUAAAAGUUAACGAUAUCAAUUAAAAUUCAAAAUAACCUGGAUUUGGGCACAGAACCUCUAGAAAUUAAUCCUGAACAAAGGGAUGGACACAAGAGUAUUUGUUGCACCUUUUUUUAAAAUUUGAAAUUAUGCUGUAACUGUUGACAGAUAGUAUCCGCAGUUGGGUGCAUUAUUUUUAUGCAUUAGGUAUGUCUAUUAUGAUUCAGUUUUUUGAACUAUUAUGGGCUUAGUUUCAUGAAAAAUUAAUUAAGAUAAUAAAUUGAGCCCUUUACAUUCAGCAGUAGAAUUGGGAUAGAGAACAUCAGGAGUAAAAAGGAAUUUCCUAAAAAUCUUUCAUAGAGAAAAAAAAAGAUCACACAGAAUAGAAAUCAGUUCUGCAUAAGACUUAGAAACCACAAGAAAAUAAUGGAGCUCUCUGCAAGGAACAUAAUCAGAAAAUUAUUAGUAUCCAGAAUUUUUAGAACUCAUAUAUUAAUAAGAAAAAGAAGCAAGCCAUUCAGAGAAGAGGAAACACAAAUGUCAUAAAUACAUGCACAGACAUGCAUUCCCACUAGUAAUUGAGGAAAUGCACAUUAAAACUGCAAAAGGGAACCAUCCCAUGUGCACCAGAGGUGGCCUUCUCACCAGUACUUCACACUAAGCCUUUUAAAAUGCUGACGAGAUUUAUUAAGAAUGAAGAUGCACACACCCUUUGACCCAGCAGUUUUGCGCACAGAUAAAUACCAAGAUAAGACCUACAUAUAUAUCAAGAGAUUUGUAGAAAUAUGCUGCAGCCUUGUUUGUAACAGUGAAAAACUAAAAACAACCUGAAAGGCCAGCGACAGGAAAAUGCAUACAUGACUGUCUUAGAUUGGGUUUCCCCCAAAAGCAGAUCCCAAGACUAAAAUUUAAAUGCAAGCACAGGUUGGUAUAUGGAAAAGUGAAACUGGGAAGGGAAGCCAGUUCAAGGUCAGUGAGCCGAUUCCCACUGGGUAACAAGCUGGGUACUGCUGGGAUAUCUGGGAAAUGGAGGGGAAGAGAACUGGAGUAUUUAUCCCCUACUCAUCAUUGUUUGAGGGCUGUUCACAGGGUCACCCAUUCCCUGCCCUCUGAUGGGCUGAGCAUACUUCGGCUCUGGCUAGAGACCCAGUGUUUGCAUUAAGAAGCUACUGACAAGCACAGGACCAGUGAAUGCUAAACACCUAAACCAAUUCCAUAUGUUUAUGAUUAACUAUGUGUGUUAAGAUCGUCUUACUUUUUAUGUAGUAAAAAGUAUAAAGCCACACAUAGUUUCUUAAAUAUUUUACAGUGUAAAAAAAUACAGAAGCAGAAAGACCAAUUAGAAGUUCAGGUAAGAGAUAAUGGCAACUUGGACCAAGGGGUUGAGUAUAGUGAAGAAAUUGUGAUUCAGGAUAUAUUUUUAAGUUGGAGGUAAUGGGAUUUUCUGAUAGAGUUUGAUUUUAAUUUUGGACCCACCAAAUUUGAGAUGCUUGGGAGGAAAGAAGGCAGGAGAGGGG